GUCUGCAAUUGGAGUUUGUCCCCUUUACAGAUGCAUCCAAGGUGAAGGCAAAGAGAGCUUCAAUUCGUCGCUAUUCAGGGUUGGAAUCCAAUCCCAUUCCCAUUCCCGUUCCUGUUCCGCUGCGCUGCUCUCACCAUGGUCGGGGCAGCGCAAUAGCUCGAAGGAGGAGGAAAGAAAGUUAUUAUUUUGUUAAUUUUGUUGUGAUAAAUGUCUCUGAGAAUAAAAGCAGUGGUUGAUAAGUUCGUGAAGGAAUUGAAGGAAGCGCUGGAUGGGGAUAUACAGGAUAGGAUUAUGAAGGAGAGGGAGAUGCAAAGCUACAUCGAGGAACGCGAACGCGAGGUCGCCGAGCGAGAGGCCGCCUGGAAAGCCCAGCUUUCUCGCCGUGAGGCUGAGAUUGCCCGACAAGAAGCAAGGCUUAAGAUGGAAAGAGAGAACCUUGAAAAAGAGAAAAGUGUACUGAUGGGAACAGCAUCAAGUCAGGAUAACCAAGAUGGAGCUCUGGAAAUAACAGUAAGUGGGGAAAAGUAUCGCUGUCUCCGUUUUGCAAAGGCAAAGAAAUGAAGAACUGCAGUUGACAAAGAAAGCCCGUAGUCACUAUCUGAAGCCCUGAAGGUGCGCUAGCCAGCAACAACCUGACCAACUCGACUGAGGUUACCCCAAACGACUGCUUCUGGGAAAAGUUUAACAUUGUGUCGGUCUAACUACAGGACUUAUGAAGUUGUCCACAAGUUUUGCCUUGGGUUCCAUUCAAAUCCAAAAUGAUGAAAGCCAAGAUUUCAAGAGUCAGACUCGUGCAGGUAAUAAUGAAUUUGAAGAGGGGGCUGUUGUAUGGUAGCAAGCAAUAGCUGUUUUCUCUACUGGUAGUGAUCAAAGAAAGUGACAUCCCAUAACUGGGAAAGGGGAGAAGAAAGUGAUGACUCAUCCAUUUGCUAAAAAGCUAAUAAUACCUUUGAUGCUUCAUCUCUCUUUUCUUUAUGUUUGAAUUUCAUACCAA